GGAUACGGCGACCAUAGUCAACGAAGUCAGUUGCUUCGCUCUCGAUUACCGCGCCGGUAGUUGCCGCUGCUGCCCACGAUGCUGCAAUUUGUCAGGGCAAUCGCUGCGUUCAGAUGGAAGGGGCAGAUGAUCGGAUACUGGCUGAUCUACCUCUCUCAAGGUGCUUUCCUUGGUGCCCUGGGCCCUGCGCUGCAGGAAAUGUCGUAUCAAGGUAAUGCCGUGUCGAGUUACAAUCCUGCGUUUGCGUGGCACGCACUCGGAUCGAUAUUGUCGGCGGGUUUCUUGUCCGAAGUGUUGGUUCAAGCGUGCUUGAGUUCUUUUCUCGGUCGCACUGGUCUGCACAUCAUGCUGGGGACGAUGUCCAUCGCGCUCACGGCAUGGUAUGUGUGUUUGCCGUGGGUAAACCAAUGGGGCGGGUCAGAGUGGGCGUCAUGCUUCUUCUUCGUCAAGGGGUGCGUCGUUGCGAUUGUCAACGUCACCAUUAACAAGUGCGCGGCGUGGACCGCGUCCGGCAACGAAGCGACCACGCGCCGUGUUGUGAACUCGUUGAAUGGCGCAUUCGCCGUUGGCACCGUCGUGGGUCCAAUUCUUGGAAUCCUUCAACGUCAAGCCAAGCUUGAGCUCGAAUACCUCUUCGUCAUGGUUGGGUCGUUGACGCUGAUCGCAGCGUUCUUCAUUUACUUCACGGACUGUCCGCAUCCGUCGGGCGAAGAAUCCGCUUCGUUGCUUGGCUAUGAAGAAGACUUGCGAAGUGUGCCGCCCGUCCUGCCUAGCCCCAUCUCGGGCAGUGUCUUUUUGCAUGUCAAGCACGACUUGGGCUCUUCCAACCUGAACCCAGAUUCGUACGACCCGGAAGCAAACUUCAUCGUACUGCUUGUGAUGAUCAUUGCAACGCUGUACUAUGGCAUCCAAAUGGGCCUCGCAGCAUUCUUGUUCCAGUACUUGGAGUUCGUGAUGGCGCUGGGGUACGGCGCCAACCUGCACUCGAUCUGCUGUGGCAUCAUGUGCGUGUUUUGGCUGUCGUUGGCGCUGUCGUACUCGCUGUUUACGUCGUGCUUUUUUGAAAACAUGAAGAGCUUAGGGUGGCUCUUUUUCCUGAACGUCCUGUGUGUGUGUACGAUGGCGGGGGUCAUCUUUGGUCAGAAUUUGUUUGGCCCCGAGUACGUUGUCGCCGCCCUAACGUUCCACCUCGUGCUUUUUGCCGUGUUCAUCUCGCCGCUCUUCACUGGCACGAUCCAAGGCCUGACCAACGUGGUGAACCCUGACCUAUUGGCCCGCGUAUCGUCGCUGCUCGUGUUUGGGUGCUUUUGCGGCGAAGCCUUUAUUCCCGUGCUGAUGGGAUUUUUUAUGGGCGACUACUCGGGAUCGGGCUUUGGCGCAGGGACGAUCGUGUACAUUACGUUUGCCCUCGCCAUCACCAUGAUGCUGACGACAGGGUGGUUCUGGUCCUCUGUCGUCGCCAAGCAACGGACUUCCACGACGGAGGCGGCAAGUGCGGCGCCGUCGCCAGUGAAACCCGUCAAGUAAACGUCCCCGAUGACCAACCGUGUGAUGAGCCCAUCUCACAGACACAGGUUCGCUCAGGUUGUGUUUUAGUGGUGCGGUCCCUUCAUCACGGACGUGAUCGUCAACAUACGUCGUCAACAUGAAAUACUUUAUCA